AUGACGUCAUGGGAUGCUGGAGGUCUCAGCAGAGCCGCUAGGAAAAAAGACACGUCCCAGGUCUUGGGCUGUGACGUCAUUUGCUGCCCAGACGAAAUCGGGAAUCCGAUUGGUGGAGGCAUCGUCAAGGAAAGAUUCUCGUUUGUCCUGUCGCCUCAGUCCGACGGGGACAUCCAUCGCCUGCGGGUGUGUCGGCUCCCGGAAAACUUGCUUUUGUUCUGCGACUCGAAUGAGAUCGCCUCGGGUCGUCCUCUGCGUCGCAGAAAGGCGAUGUUCCGAGUGUUCAUCCUCGCCUUCCUCUUCUCCCUCCUGACGGAGGGGAACGGGAUCACCUUCCCCUUCCUCCAGAACCUGGUGCCCCGCCUCGGGACCGACUCAGAGUUCUUUCCCCCCCGUCCCCCCAUCCCCGGCUCCGACUCCGACAUCCGCCCCCCUCUUCGCAUCUCCAACAUCCUUUCAUCCCGCCGCCAGUCCUCCAACCCCCAGUCCUCUAACCCCCAGUCCUCCAACCCCCAAUCCUCCAAUCCCCAGUCCUCCGACCCCCAGUCCUCCCGCCCUCAGUCCUCCAACCCCCCCGUCAUCCAGAUCACGGAGAGCGCCCCCUUCGACCUCCACGAGUCCAUGACCCAGCUCGGCCUCGACAUCGUGCAGGUCCUCACCACCGGCGAGAAGCUACGCCAAUGCGUUCGCGGCGACCGCAAGGGAAAGCUCCCCGCCGACUCCACCGGCAACGUCCUCAUCUCUCCCUUGAGCAUAUCCUCCGCCCUCUCCAUGCUCUGGCUCGGAGCGGAAGGGGACACGGGCAAAGAAAUCAAGGCUGCUCUCAGAUACCCCGCAAACGAGGAUGAAAGGAACAUCCACGACGCGUACAACCGGAACCUGACCGCGCUCCUCCGCCCCGACCGAGGAGUGACACUCAACUACUCAAACACGCUCUUCGGGAACAUCGGGCUCAGCGUGAUUCUCUACUACUACGAGGACGUGCAGACCUAUUACAAGUCCACCAUCAGGGGUGUGGAUUUCAAGAAUCCCGUGAAGGCGAGGGAGCACAUCAACCGGUGGGUCGGGAACCAGACGGACGGAAGGAUCAAGGACAUCCUCAGUCAACCGCCGAGUCCGGACACGAAUCUGAUGAUCGCCAAUGCCAUUUAUUUCAAGGGGAACUGGGCUUAUCCCUUCCCCGAGAAGGACACGCAGAUCGACACCUUCACCGUGAGUCCGAACGAAGUCCUCCGGGUCCCGAUCAUGAAUAACGUGAUGGAGAUUCCCUUCGCCCGAGACGAUAAACUGGGCGUGAGCGUGAUCGCCCUGCCGUACGACAAGUUCGAGAUGAGCCUCUACAUCCUUCUUCCCUUCGAUCAAGGCGUGAGGGGUUUGCAGGAGCUAGAGUCUCGACUGGACGCGAGGAGUCUGGACACCUUGGUCCGGUCGAUGAACGUGAGCACGGUCACCGUCGCGAUGCCGCGGUUCUCGAUGGAAUACAAGACGGAUCUUCGAUCCGUUUUGGGGGCGUUGGGCGUGUGCGACUUAUUUUCGCCCGCCUCGGCCGACCUACGCGACAUCGCGGUGAACGAGACGCUGUACGUGGACGAGGUCCUGCAUCAGGCGAACGUGGAGGUGAACGAGAAGGGGACGGUGGCGGCCGCCGCGACCAUCGCCGGGGUUUCGAGGACUUUCCGCAGCUUCCGCGUGGAUCGGCCUUUCAUCUUCUUCAUCAAGGAUAAUCCGACCGGGCUCCCCCUCUUCUGGGGUCGGGUCAUUCGACCCCAGACCUCCUAGGUCGACGGAGUUCAUUCGACCGUGACGCACACCGGUGUCGACAUGAAGAAAAACUUUUUAAAUAUUUGCUGAAUAUUUUGCUUUGCGUGGUGCUCUGUGUGAUGAAUUAUCUUAUCAUCUAUUCGUGUCUUCAUGCUUUCACAACAAGAUGAGUCAUAGAAU